AGAAGUGGUGGUCAGCUGAGCUCUCUGUUCACAAAGCUCCAUGUUAGUCAUUAAAAUGCCCUACGCCUGUGUUGUUUUGGGCUGCUCGAAUCGAACAAACCGUGAAACUGAUAAACGUUUCUUCCGGGUUCCCCGUGAAGUGAUAAAAAAGGGUGAAAGAGCAAAGGAUUUCACCAGAAGACGAAGAGAAAAGUGGCUCUCUAACCUCUCUCUGCGGUCCAAAGGAGCUCAGUCGAAGAAUGCUCGAGUUUGCAGCGAUCACUUUGUUAAAGGAUGUCCGAGUAAUCUUUAUAAGGAUGAUGAUGUAGAUUGGGCUCCUACACUGAACCUGGGACAUGAAAAAGUGAAAAAGCAAUCAGAGGUGCAAUUAGGAAGUAUAGUAUCUAUCUCAUCACCUCCCCAGACUGCAGUGCCCCCCCAACUGCCCCCACAACAGCCCCCUGGAUCCUCUUGGCUGAUCGCUUCACAGGCUGCAGGAAGCCAGAGUCCAGCAGACCGAGAGCAUCAGUGCAGCCAGGAGCUGAUCAUCAUUGAGAAGCAGCAGCUCCAGUUACUCCGAGACCUGCAUGACCAAAGGGAGCGGCACCAUCAGGAGCAGAUGGGCCUUAAACGGGCAAAACUAGAUCUGCUCUCCAGACAACUGGAGCUUCGGAGUGAAUUCACUGGAGUGCAGACAUUAUUGUUGUUUUAACUGUUAUUCACAAUGCCAAGUUAGCAAUGUUCUCCCAAACAUACACAAAAUGUUAAAGAUGCAGCAAUGUGUUUCAUUUAUGACACUAAAUGAGAUAAUCAGUUGCCUUCUAAUGGAGAUAAUUUGAUUAAAACGUAGUGAUAUCCAUCCAUAAUUCCACAUCACAUUGAAAUAUAUUCAAUGUUUUGUGUAUAUUUAUUUAAUAAUUAACUCGUUGUACGGGGCGGCACGGUGGUGUAGUGGUUAGCGCUGUCGCCUCACAGCAAGAAGGUCCUGGGUUCGAGCCCCGUGGCCGGCGAGGGCCUUUCUGUGCGGAGUUUGCAUGU